GAGAAGACAUGUCAGCCAACCACCAUCCCGAAGUACGUACCACACAGUACGUAUAUCUCACUUCCUUCAUGAAAGACUGACAGCAUGACGGAGCAAAAGCGAGGUAGACUGAGACUGAGGUGUCUUUUCCCCUAGAGACGGUGUAAACUGCCAUAAGUGCCCUGUACACUGUGGAGUGGCGCUCUUAUCUUGCUCGUGGCAGGAGCCAUAACUAUGCUCGUUCUCUACCGAACCCAGAGAGCAAGCACUUUGGCAGCGCGCGACAUGCGACAAGGUUAAGUGACGUGUCAUGGACUCUACUUUCAAAGUUCCCUCACCACGAAGACAGCUUGCACGCCACGCCAACAAGAGAAGCUUUGACCAGCACAGGGAGGAUGUUGUCUGCCCCUUUGUGGACGGAGGGGCCGCGCGCCCAGGGCCCCCUCCUUCGGGGUUUUGCAGGCGGGACAGGAUUGACUUCCACAUCUCUAAUCCAUUCUCGGAGCAUGACAACAGAAAUUCCAUUCAAGACUUCGGUGUUUAUUUUGGCAGUAGUCAGGAUCCACGAAAUCUGGGAAAGACGCCUGAAUCCCAACCAAAAGAGCCUGCACCAAACCGACGCCGACUUCCUGAAACACUACUCUCGAAAUCAUGUCGACUACGACUACACCACCAUCUCGGCUUCCUCCUACUCCGGGCGCGCAACUUGCGAUCCUCCCAGUUAUCGCCGCUUUUCCCGGAAGUACGGCCAGCCCCAGUCCGGACGUGACGUGUCUAUCAGUACGACGACCAACGAUUGGUUUAAACAGCCCCACGUGCCCUACUCCUCGUCGACGCGCGUGCUAGCCGUAACUCAGCAGCCGUUUCCGAAGCACAACCCCUGGAAGUUCUCUUACAAGCCCGUGGACAAGGUGUAUCCGCCCUACGACCCCACGCGCUUGCCAGUUGUGGACAACAUCUUCAACCGGUACGGUGCUGCUUUCGCCACUUCGUCCUAAAGCUCGCUUCCACCAUUAACUCCAGACUGCAAACAUUUUUCUCUAUCCGACAGUGAAGUGUACCGAGACUGCAGUUAAAUAAGUCUGUGGAAAAGAAAUAUCGGCCGAAAGGAUGAAUUAUAGAAAGAUACAGUUAUAGAAGUAACAGCUUCGUGACCGCUUUUCAUUGGCUAUCCUGUGUGAAAGGUCACACAUAGUUCCUCACGAUAGUAACAGGAAAAUGUGGACAGACUUGUGCUAUCCCUGCAGACGGCCGCACAGAUCUGUGAAAAAGUUAGGAAAUGCCAUUAUCUAUACAUGUACUUUAAAACUGAGUCAGAAUAGUGCAUCAGUUUUAGAAACCGUCGCAAGUUGAGAACUGGAUGUCCUGGGUUCACAUCUGCAUGUGGCGCCUGCUCAGACACGACUUCUUUGCCAAUGAUAUAGCCUUAGUAUCUGGGUCAGCGUGAAAUGCCAAUUCCCUCCCACCCCAACUUCCCAACUGUUUUUCAUGUCUGUAUGUUAGCGCUUCUGUGAUACAAAUCAUCAUCUUGUUUGACUUACACAUACACGACACUUGAAUAAUGCACGUGUAAGAUAUAGGAAAGAAACACAGUACGUCCUACAGUUAAAAGAAUGGUGGCGUGGCAACGUCUAAGCAGUUUUACACGAUGUCAGUGUACAGCUGUGGUUGCAUAAUGCCUAGAAUGUCAGGGCAGGAAAACGGACUGCCUCAAGGACUUGAAAACAACAAUCGACAUACGCUGAACAUCACUAAUGCUUCAUUACCAAACAUGUUUUGUUCAUAGUCACGACUUUCAUUAGAUUUGAUCAUGUACUAACCCGAGGGUGACCUAAAGUCACCAACUGUAUUUACUGUUUGGGAAUGUGAGUGAGAGAAAGAAGUUGUUACAACAUAGGUAAGUAUUAUCUAGUACAAGCACUAUCUUGAAUUGCCCUUGUGAAUAAAUAAAGUUGUAUUGAAGAAAGUCCUAGAAGCGAUCAAGAAACCAACAGAGAUUUGCUAUUAUAAAAAAUUAAUAUAAAAGUAACCCUUUCAUCAAAUGCGCCUAAACAUAACAGUUAUAAGAAAAAACACAUAGCUUGUCUUCUGAUGGUAUUAUAUUUUUGAGCAUUGGGUGAAGAUAUACCUACAACACCUGACAAGUAUUUGCUCAUGAACUUCGUACAAAUAAAUGAAAACAAAAAUCAACCAAAGCAGAAAUAUAUCUUGAAAGGAAGAAACAGUGAUAACCCUUUUCUGAAGAUGCUGUAAACUUCUGUACAUAUUUCCCCAUGGAACAAGAAACAUGUUCACAGGUUAAUGCCCAAUACCAUGGGUAACCAUUACAAACAGGUGAAUAACUGGCACCUACAACCCACCCUGCAAAAAGACACCCUUCACUUAGCUCAAUCCAUAACAAUUAUGCAAAAGGUCACAAAUGAGGUGUUCAGCCAGUCUAAGUUGGCAGACAGUGGAGAAGACAAAAAAAAAA